UGAGACGAGCCCACGGGAGGAAAAGCAGAUUCCACGUAAGAAGCCCAAACGGCGGUCACUUCCAGGCAGAGACUGUGGAGCUUUUGUGAUUUUACUGUUCCACGUUGACACCCACAGAGAUAUCGGAGCUGCUGGUCUCGGAUACUGUAACACAGGACACACUUUUGUUUUGCGUCAGGAAGGGAAAGAAAAUGGAGCUGGAGGACGGAGUGGUGUACCAGGACGACCCGGGCACGUCGGCGAUCAUGUCGGAGCGCGUGUCGGGCCUGGCCAGCUCCAUCUACCGCGAGUUCGAGCGUCUCAUCGGCAAAUACGACGAGGACGUGGUGAAGGACCUGAUGCCGCUUGUCGUGGCCGUGCUCGAGAACCUGGACUCGGUGUUCGCUGAGAACCAGGAGCACGAAGUGGAACUGGAACUGCUGAAAGAGGACAACGAGCAGCUCAUCACGCAGUACGAGCGCGAGAAGGCGCUCAGGAAGCACGCCGAGGAGAAGUUCAUUGAGUUUGAGGACUCACAGGAGCAGGAGAAGAAGGACCUGCAGAACAAUGUGGAGAGAAUGAACUCACAUUCACGCCAGCUGGAGCUGAAACUCAAGAACUUUGCUGAUCAGAUAACCCGAUUGGAGGAGCGGGAGGCGGAACUCAAAAAAGAGUACAAUUCUCUCCAUCAGCGACACACAGAGAUGAUUCAUAAUUACAUGGAACAUGUAGAGCGCAUUAAACUUCAGCAGAUAACUGGAGGAGAGGCCUCAGAAACAGGAACCCUGGGCAGAGUCAGGAAAGAGCGACCUCUCUCUCUGGGCAUCUUUCCCUUGUCUGCUGGUGUUGGGAACAACUCCCAGAUCCCAGAUUUUUUGGGCCGAGCAGAGACUCCUGGGACAGAGGGUUGGAGAUUCACUGAACUCAGUCAGCAUCGAUCAAAUACCAGUCUCAAGCAGCUGGAGGCAGAGGAUCCUCCACAGAAAAGCGAGGGUAAUAGUGCACAGGAGGCUUGGGGGAAUAUGCUGGCAGACGACUGUAAGGAUGAGCUGUUGGGCUCCAAUUCUGUCACCCCCAUGUCCACCACAGCCUCGGAGCCGGGGUUGGACUGUCAGCGGGAGGAUGGUGACGGUUCUAGUAGGUGUGCUGAGGUGCAGGCUGCACCAGGGACUCGCUCCAUAUCAACAGGUUUGAUGGAGAAUGAGGACAAGUCUGAUGUACAAGCUAUUAUCGAGUCAACCCCAGAGCUCCAUCUGGACCUCAGUGGCUACAAAGGCUCCAGCACACCGACUAAAGGUAUAGAGAACAAGGCGUUUAACCGGAACACAGACUCUCUGUUUGAGGAGCUGUCAAGUGCAGGCUCGGGCCUCAUUGGGGAUGUGGAUGAAGGAGCCGAUCUACUGGGAAUGGGCAGAGAAGUGGAGAAUCUCAUUAUGGAAAACACACAGCUGCUUGAGACAAAAAAUGCACUAAAUGUGGUAAAGAACGACCUGAUCGUCCAAGUGGAUGAGCUCACGUCUGAGAAGGAGGUUCUUCAGGGAGAGCUGGACACAAUCCUGCAGACCAAGGCCAAACUGGAAGAGAAGAACAAAGAACUUGAGGAAGAGCUCAAGAAAGUUCGGGCUGAAAUGGAAAGCAUCAAACUAAACAGCAAAGAGGAAGACGAGAGUGACGUGCCUACAGCUCAGAGGCGUCGGUUCACCCGGGUAGAGAUGGCACGUGUGCUGAUGGAAAGGAACCAGUAUAAAGAGAGACUGAUGGAGCUACAGGAGGCUGUAAGGUGGACAGAAAUGCUCCGUGCUUCCAGGGAAAAUCCUGCUCUUUCUGAGAAGAAAAAGUCCAGCAUCUGGCAAUUCUUCAGCCGGCUGUUCAGUUCCUCAUCCUCCAGCAGCACCAGCAGCAGCAAUGCAGGAAAGCCUCCUCCUCCUCCUAACGUCAAGUACAACCCACCCAGCGGCAUGAGGAAGAGCAGCACCUUCUCCCAGUUCCCUACUGAGCGGUCCAAAGCCUUUGACUUCCUCAAAGAUGAAGUGGACGUAAGCACUUCUCCAUCACGUAAAGAGCAGAAGAAGGCUCAGUACAGGCAGGUCAAAGCCCACGUACAGAAAGAGGAUGGGCGGAUGGCAGCUCACGGCUGGAGUCUGCCCAGUAAAUACAAGGAAGCAAAUGGUAGGCAAGCAGAGAACAAGAUGAACCUGCCUGUGCCGGUGUACUUAAGACCACUGGAUCAAAAAGAUUCUUCUAUGAAGCUGUGGUGUGCAGCCGGUGUGAACCUCUCAGGCGGAAAGCCGCAUGACACAGGCUCAGGUGUGUGUAGUAAUGACUCUGGAGCUGAGGGAGAAAUUUCUAGAACAAGAAAAGGCUCUCAGGGCAGCCUGGACCAACAGGAGCAGGAGCCCAAGGAGCAAGAACGAGAGGUUGCACAGAUGGACAUGUCCAGCCGUGUUUGGAUCUGCACCAGCACACAAUCCUCCACUAAAGUCAUUAUCCUAGACACCACAAAGCCCUCUGAGCUGCUGGAUAGCUUCUACGUCUGCAACUCACACGUGCUGUGCAUCGCCAGUGUCCCAGGUGUCCUGGAGACAGACUAUCCUGCUGGAGAAGAAAUUCCUCCAGACUCGGAGGCUAGGCUUGAAGCUUCACUGACAGGCAGUUUGGCCAGUAACAGCUCACAUGGCAGCGAGGGAGCUUUGAGUGGCAUAUCAGCGGUUGGCUGCACAGCAGAAGGGCCAGGGUCCGGAGCUCAGACAGGCAGCUCAGGAAACAAUGAGCUGCAGGCAGAGCUCAGUCCUGUAAAAGGUAGAGUGGACUUGUCCAGGGAACCUAGUCCCAAUGAAGACGGGGUUCCCACAGCAGAGGAAGCCACUGAGGCUACUGAGGACGAGGAGGAGGCACCGGGUACAGAUAGCAGUCAGCCUGGCAUUUACACUGAGCAUGUAUUUACAGAUCCACUGGGAGCACAGUCCACCGAGAGCUCUGUAGUCACAGACAAUGUGAGGGAAUCAGAUCAAGAGAGAGACGGAGCGGAUUCUCCAAGCAACGAGCAGGAUCACGUCAGGGAUGAGACGCAGAGGAUGAGCAGCACACUUCCUACUAUGUGGCUGGGAGCUCAGAAUGGCUGCCUGUACGUGCACUCAUCUGUGGCACGGUGGAGAAAGUGCCUUCAUGCGGUGAAGCUGAAGGACUCCAUUCUUAAUAUUGUGCAUGUUAAAGGACGGGUGCUUGUUGCUCUGGCUGACGGUACGCUUGCCAUCUUCCACAGAGGCCUAGAUAGCCAGUGGGAUUUAACCAACUACCAUCUGUUGGACCUGGGCCGGCCGCACCACUCCAUCCGCUGUAUGUCAGUAGUGCAUGAUAAAGUAUGGUGUGGCUACAGAAACAAGAUUUAUAUUGUCCAUCCCAAAGCCAUGAAGAUUGAGAAGUCAUUUGAUGCUCACCCGCGGAAAGAGAGCCAGGUUCGUCAACUGGCCUGGGUAGGUGACGGGAUCUGGGUCUCCAUCCGGCUUGACUCCACCCUGCGUCUAUUCCAUGCACACACUUUCCAACAUCUCCAGGAUGUGGACAUUGAGCCUUACGUCAGCAAGAUGCUGGGCACAGGUAAACUUGGCUUCUCUUUUGUGAGAAUCACAGCCCUCAUGGUGUCCUGUAAGCGGCUCUGGGUCGGGACAGGAAAUGGCGUCAUCAUCUCUAUCCCUCUAUCAGAGUCUGUGGGUCUGCAGCAUGGAGUUCUCGGGCUGAGGGCUAAUAGGAGUGUUGGUGCGAUAGCAAGCCGUCCUGGUGGUGCAGUACGAGUGUUCGGGGACGAGAGUGUGGACAGUGGGACGCCAGGCUCCUAUGUACCCUACUGUUCUAUGGCACAUGCUCAACUUUGCUUCCAUGGUCACAGAGACGCAGUCAAGUUCUUUGCUGCGGUGCCAGGUGAAGUUGUUCCUCCAGCUGCAGUAGUAACUGACAGCAUGACCCCAGACUCAGACUCGGCUUCCUCUAACAGUCCCUCACGAGAGCAGCAUCCCAAGUUCAUGCUGGUCAUGAGUGGAGGGGAAGGCUACAUCGACUUCAGGAUGGGUGAUGAAGAUGGGGUGGGUGUAGCUGAGGACGAGGAACCUCUGGAGCCCACCCUGCAGCUGCAGUCCGCUCCCGCCAAAACCGAGCGCAGCCACAUCAUAGUCUGGCAGGUUGCCAUGAAUGACGAGUGAGCGGCCAAUCACUGCCUCAGGUUUAACAGAGAACUCCGCCCCUCAAGCCACCCCGUGGCCUGCUGUUACAUUUUUUUUAAGCAAAAAUUAUUAGAAUUACGAUUCCCAUGAUUAUUAUUAGAGGAUGUACAGAAACUCAUUUCAUAAGGAAUACUUUUUGUUUGUUGUGUUUUCUUUUCAAGUUUUACUACUUCUAUUUCCACUCAUGCCAAGGCAUAAGGUUAAAGGGAAUCUGAAAAAUAAGGAAAAAUGAAAGGGAGGAAAUGAAUCCGUCCAGGAGUGUAAUUGCACAGUUUUAGGGACUGGGUUUCGUAAAUGGCUCAGUGGCGAAAAAAAGAAAGUACUCUACUAGAGUACUGGAAGCACAGAAACCAUGAAGGAAACACAUGCUUUGAGUUUACACUACGACUGAUCGUAUAAUUGCACAUAUGUAAGUGAAUUCCCCAUGCUUAAAUCAUUUUUUUUGUGCAAGAGAAAUAGAACGAUAGAUAGAUAGAUAGAUAGAUAGAUAGAUAGAUAGAUAGAUAGAUAGAUAGAGAGAGAGAGAUAAGGACAGCUUAUGAGGCUACAUUGUGUGUGUGCACCGUCAGUGGUGUCUCAGUAGCAUCAUGUGAUAUUUCUAGAGCAACAGAAAGCUAUUUUUGUUAUCUGCUUGGCAUGUGUCCUGUUCGCAUUGUCCUAGAACCUGGUCUGUCUUGUUGUGUGUGUGCGUGCGUGCGUGUCUGUAUGUGGAGUGGGUGGGUGUGUGUGAAGUAGUCCAGUGUGUUUUAAAAGCCUUAGCACUAGAUUCUGCCUGAUGUGGUAGCACCUGUAUGCUAGAGCUUGCUGGCACUUUAAAAUAGCGACCAAUUUAAUUAGAUCUAAACGCAGAUCUACACUUAUUCUAAAAAACUACUUUUUUUUUGUUUUCCAAAAAAGGGGCUAGCCUGCUACCAAAGGAAAAACUGUAGAACAAAUGCAUAACAGCCUCUAAUUACCUGCAUUCUCUUUAGGCUUUUAUUUUAUUUUAUUUUAUUUUAUUUUUUGGGGACUUUUCACUAUUAAAUUUUCAUAUAAGAUCAAAUUUUUUAAAGGCCUCAUUUCUUGACAGGGAUUUUUAUCAGAACCACUUUGCAUCGUACCUUACUUUGUCUCCAAGCACUAAACCUGUGUGUUUUGUGCAUGUAAUUUUGUUUCAACACAAACGUUUACAUGUAUGGUCUUCGAUAUCGAAACUAGUCUGUUUUUCAUUCUUAUCUCAUAAAAAAAAAAAUAAUUACACGUGUCUUUCCUUUAGUAUGGUCUGUUAAAAUGAAAGCACAGCAGGCCAGUUUUUUUUUUUUUUUUUUUUGUAUUUAAAGGAAAUAAAUCAAGCAGUCAGGGUUUUGUUUCACAAGGGAAAUAUUCAUAUAGGUAUUUUGCCAUUCCAGUAUUUAUUUUUUCAUAAUGAAUCUUGUGGUUCAGAAUGUAACUUUUUACAUGAACAUUAUAACAGUGUGUGUAAUGUCAGGCAGUCGGGAUGGGUUUAUGUGUUAUGUUAUUGCAGACGUGAAGGAAUUGCAUUAUUACCGGUCGAUUUGUGUAACAUUAUCAUGGAUUAGAAUGUGUAGGAUAUACAGAACAACCUCUGUGUAAAUCGUUUGGAAUUUAACAUUCAUUGUACUAAGCUAUGCAUGUUUUUUUAAAGGACACUGCAAUGUGUUUGUUCAAGUCCCUGAUUAUUGCCACCUUUUUGGGUGGAUCAGAGUGUGUGUGUGUGUGUGUGUGUGUGUGUGUGUGUGUGUGGGUGUGUGUGUGUGUGACUGAUGUAGAACAGUGUGGGUGUGGGUGCGUAUGUAUGGACGGUUGCUUGAUCCUUUAAACGACACAGGAUGUGCUGUGGUUGUCACAGCUUGCCAUUACUGUGGUUUUUUUCCUGUUCAAUGUUUGCUAAAACAGCAUCAUAGCCUUAUUUUUAACAAUCUAAUAAACUCAAUUUCAUGGGAAUUAACAGCC